CACAUCUUGCAUAGUACCAUUCAUGUGUUGAUCGUUGUUGGCAACUCACGCGCCCUUAAGCAUUUUACAUAUGCAGUGAAUGUAGCUGUUUUAUUGUCUAUAACUUUACUUGUUUAUUCUGCUUUCUGUAGAUACGAUGUUUUCAAGCAAUAUGACAAUGGAUGUCACCAAAGCUGGAACUUCCUAUCUCUCCGUACCUGAGUUCUACGCAGGCAAGACUGUCUUUAUAACAGGAGGUACAGGUUUUCUCGGAAAAGUAUUGAUUGAAAAAUUACUGUACAGUGGUGGAAACAUUGAUAAAAUUUAUGUAUUAUUGCGGGAAAAGAAUGGAAACGAAGCAAAAGAAAGACUUAAGAGAUUAAUUAAUAGCCCUGUAUUUUCUAGACUGAGAGAGGAGAAACCUGAGAGUUUAUCGAAAAUAAAACAUAUCGUAGGCGAUAUCUCUGUCAACAAUUUGGGCUUAACUUCUAGCCAUGAAGUUUUAUUAAAAAAGGUUUCCGUUGUCUUUCAUUUGGCAGCAACAGUAAGAUUUGAUGAACCUCUUAAGAAUGCUUUAAAUAUAAACCUGGAAGGGACGCGAGAGGUCCUGAAGGCUUUCAAGGACAAAGCGAACUUGGAUGCAUUUGUCUACGUUUCUACCGCAUUUUCUAAUACUGAUAAGCAAGAAAUAGACGAAUGCAUCUAUCCUCCACCUAGAACAUUGGAAGAAGUCUACAAACGUAUUAAAGAAGAGGAUUCCGAUGAAGACCUUAGUGAAUUUCUGAAUGGACGUCCAAAUACUUAUACAUUUACAAAGGCAUUGGCUGAGAAUGUCUUGGCUCAAGAGCACGGAAAUGUUCCUUCUGUCAUUGUGAGACCUUCUAUUGUAACACCAGCCGCAGAUGAACCAUUCAAAGGUUGGAUUGAUAACUGGAUGGGUAUCACAACAUUUUUGUAUACCGUCGCCAAAGGCUGGACUAGAGUUUUGUAUGGGAAAAGAAGUUAUGUUCUUGACAUCAUUCCUGUAGACUACGUUGUUAAUUUGACUAUUAUUGCUGCAGCUAGAUGUAAAAGAUCUAAUGAUGUACCAGUUUUCAAUAUUUGUAGCAGUUCUGCGAACCCUAUAUCUUCUGGUCUACUCGGAAACUUGCUGAUGGAAGAGAGUGCGAAACAAAAAUUUUAUGAUUUUCCCCUCUUUGGGUUGGUUUACAUAAAAUCAGCUGUACUGGUGACAAUUGUUAGCUUUCUCUUAGAGACGUUACCAGCAUAUUUGGCCGAUUUCUGGCUUAGAAUUACUUGCAGGUCAAAAAGUUCCAUCUCCUUCGUUAAAGUUCAAAAGAAGCAGUCAAGAAUGCGAGAGAACAUGCGUUACUUUCAGUCGCGUUCUUGGAAGAUAAAAUCAAAUCGCACUACUGAUUUAUACGCGUCCCUUACCCUGCAAGAUAGGAAGACUUUCCCCUGCGAGGCUGCAGACUUGAGAUGGUCUCAAUACAUUCCAACCUAUUUCAAUGGUAUUAAAAAGUAUUUAGUAGAUUCUCGGAAGCAAAAAUAAAUUUAAAAAUAGCGAAUUGUGAUGGAUAUAUCGG